ACUAUAAUUAUUCUGUUGACAUUUGCUGUUUGGUUGGUUUUGUAAAUUGCUCUCGCUGUGUUGUCGUGCAAUACCGAAGUUAUUAAAGAGAUUAGGACCAUUUUAAAAUUUGUAUAGAUUCAUAGCAUUGCAUUAAAAGAAAAUAUUGCCAAAAUGCAGGCUGUUUCGAGCUUAGUCAAGACAACAAUUCCAAACUACAUGUCCAACUUGCCAAUACCAGACUCCUUUUCGGGUUGGUUCAAAUUGUCAUUUAAGGAUUGGAUAGCUCUUAUCCCUCCCACUGCUGUCGUUGCCGGGCUAGGUUAUGUUUCAUACUUGGCCUUUUGCCCGGCUGCGCAAAAGGGCUGCUCAGGUACCGGCCGCUGUAAUCAGUCUAUUCGUAAAUCAGAAGCUAAAGUCGUGGACAUGAUCGACAUUGAAAACAUUGCCGAAAAAGCAGCUUUCUGCCGUUGUUGGAAAACCAAAAACUGGCCCUAUUGUGAUGGCAGUCACGGUGAACACAAUAAGCGAACGGGCGAUAACGUUGGACCUGUUGUCUUACAGAGGAAGCAGUAAAUAUAUUGUUGGCGUGAAUUUGCCAACACAUUUGCAAGUUAAAACGAAGAACAGUUGUACGCAUACACAGCUAUACAUUAAUACUACUACUGUUGAGUUUGAUAUUAGCAGUCGAAUUGUUAUUUUUUCUCUUUCACUAAUCGCAUUUCAGAGAUCAGUAAAGUUAAGCUUUAAUGUUCCGUUUUACCAUAAAUAAUUUAUGUAAAGUUAUAAAUUGAAUAUUUAAAUUCUGCUUUGGAAGCAAUUGAAUCGAUCAAAAGUUUUGAUGUAAAAUAAAUUGUAAACAAGCAAAAAUGCAUAACAGAUUAAA